ACAGCAGGGGGCGGUGCUGCCGCGCAUCAACACCGUCUGUCCGCCGCUUCAACUAAAACAAGAAGCGGCUACCAGGCGUGCUCAAAGUACGCCAACUAAACCUUAUUCAACAACAAGAAUGAUCUUCUGAAAAAGUCAAACUAACGUCAAUAAUGCGAGCGGCUUCACUGGACAGACAGCAGAUUUAGAGAAUAUUUUUUUGCGGGAUAAAUUGUGAUGGCUACUACUGAGAUGGAAUCGGGUUCUUCUGAAAACAGAUCAGAGCAUGGGACGGUUGAUCCUGAUUCAAAGUACCCACUGAAAGUGCUUUACUGUGGAGUGUGCUCUCUGCCUACAGAGUACUGUGAGUACAUGCCCGAGCCGGCCAAAUGCAGGCAGUGGCUUGAGAAGAACUUUCCAGAUGUGUUUGCCAGGAUGACUGUAGGCCCGGCAGCGAAGGCACCCAAGCAAGAACCCGGUACUGGAGAUGCCCCCCCUGCAGGCGAGGAAGAGGAGAAAAAGAAACAGAAGAGAGGUGGAAGAGGCCAGAUCAAACAGAAAAAGAAGACUGUGCCUCAGAAAGUUACGAUAGCAAAAAUCCCGAGAGCCAAGAAGAAAUACGUCACACGGGUGUGUGGCCUGGCAACGUUUGACAUCGAACUUAAAGAGGCUCAGCGAUUCUUUGCCCAGAAAUUCUCUUGUGGUGCCUCCGUUACAGCAGAGGAUGAAAUAAUCAUUCAGGGAGAUUUUACAGAUGACAUAAUCGACGUCAUCCAAGAGAAGUGGCCUGAGGUGGACGAUGACAGCAUUGAUGAUCUGGGUGAAGUCAAGAAGUGAAGACCAAAUAUGCACUUUUACUGAAAUGGAUGUGACCUGUAACAACGACAACCUGGCCAAAUGUACACAUUAAGUCAUUUUAUACUUAUUUUAUUUACUGUACAUAAAAAGCUGCGGACUUGGCCACUCACUUGGCAUUUUUUUUUUGUUUUGUUUUUUUUUAUUAGUUAAUAGCUGCUUUCUCUCGUUUGCCAAAGGUGUGGUAUGACGUGAAUCCCUCCCAAAUGUUGUUCACUCAAGCAAACUGUAGGCUAAUAAAUUUCAGUCUCCUUCGCCUGUAAACUCAA